AUGCCAGGUUACGGGGACGCACUGUCUAAGGAGACGGAGAUAUUCCCGGUGACAGAGACAGACGCACUGUGUAAGGAGACGGAGAUAUUCCAGGUGACAGACGCACUGUGUAAGGAGACGGAGAUAUUCCCGGUGACAGACGCACUGUGUAAGGAGACGGAGAUAUGCCAGGUGACAGAGACGUACUGUGUGACAGACGCACUGUGUAAGGAGACGGAGAUAUUCCCGGUGACAGACGCACUGUGUAAGGAGACGGAGAUAUGCCAGGUGACAGAGACGUACUGUGUAAGGAGACGGGAGAUAUUCCCGGUGACAGACGCACUGUGUAAGGAGACGGAGAUAUCCCAGGUGACAAAGACUCAAUGUGAGACGGAGAUAUUCCCGGUGACAGACGCACUGUGUAAGGAGACGGAGAUAUUCCCGGUGACAGACGCACUGUGUAAGGAGACGGAGAUAUGCCAGGUGACAGAGAUGUACUGUGUAAGGAGACGGGAGAUAUUCCAGGUGACAGACGCACUGUGUAAGGAGACGGAGAUAUUCCCGGUGACAGACGCACUGUGUAAGGAGACGGAGAUAUCCCAGGUGACAAAGACUCAAUGUGAGACGGAGAUAUUCCCGGUGACAGACGCACUGUGUAAGGAGACGGAGAUAUUCCCGGUGACAGACGCACUGUGUAAGGAGACGGAGAUAUCCCAGGUGACAGAGACAUACUGUGUAAGGAGACGGAGAUAUCCCAGCUGA